AUGGGUGGGAAUAUUGUACAUUCAAAUUAUAAAAAUAUAAAUUACAAUAUAUAUGAAUUGGUUAAUAAAUUUUAUUCUAGGCAAAAGAUUAUAGAAGGAUAUGAUGAACAAUAUAAGAACACAUAUCAAACUGAAUGCAAUGCUUUUAAUGAAAAUUUUUCACAGAAUCAUGAAUUUAAUGAUGAAAAUAUAUGCUACAAAUCUAUGUACUAUUUAAAUGAAAUACAAAGACAAUAUCAUUCCAAAGAAGAUUCCGGUUGUAUAUACUUGUAUUACUGGAUAUAUGAUAAUUGUAAGGGAAAAUGCGCCAAAACAAAAAUAAUAGAUAUAUAUAUAUAUUUGAUCAAUAAAUAUAAAGAACAAAAUGACCCUGUAUGCACAGAACAUGAAGAAAAUAGUAUCUCCAAAUAUGAAUUUGACAAACUCAAAGAUAUAUAUGACAUAAAAAAAGAACAUACAGAUAGUGAAAAUUAUGAUGCAUAUUGCAAUAAAUUCAGAUUAAUAUAUAUGAAACGAAAGGAUGAAUGUGAUUACAAAGCACAUUCAGACUUUUGUAAUGCAUUAGAAG